UGAUGAUGAUGUUGAUGAUAACGACGAUUUCAAUGAUGCUGAUAUUGGUCAUGAUAGUUAUGAUUAUGAUUAUUUUAAUGAUGAUGAUUAUAUCAAUCCUGCUGCUAAACUUAAUGGUUAUUUUCACGAUAACGGUUCUAAUAUGCUGAUGGCUUUUAUUUGGGACAGUUCUCGUUUAGAGUUUGAAGCAGCACAGGAUUGUGAAUUAGUUACUGCAGGAGAAUUAUUUGGCAGAUCUGGAUAUGGUAUUGGUAUGCAAAAACGCUCUCCAUGGACUGAUGCUAUCACUCUUGCUGUCUUAGAUUUCCAUGAAAGUGGAUUUAUGGAGAGUUUGGAUAACUAUUGGAUAUUACAAGGAAAUUUACAGCAAUGUGAACAAUUUGAAAAGACCCCAAAUACAUUAGGAUUGAAAAACAUGGCUGGGGUUUUCAUACUUGUUGGAGCAGGUAUCAUAGGAGGUAUUAUGCUUAUUAUCAUAGAAAUGGCUUACAAAAAGCACCAAAUACAAAAACAAAAGAAAACGGACUUGGCUCGACAUGCAGCUGACAAAUGGAGAGGUACCAUUGAGAUGUGCAUCCUUGAGGCAACUGCCAACAUAGCACAAAUUAACAGCUGGACCAAUAAAGUAGACAUCAUUAUGGCAAAAAACAACUAUUUUCUCAAAAUUUACACCAGUAGAAGAGUAAUGAGAGUAGAGAUCUCAACCUUUACAGUACAUCUGGCUAAAAAAAAGUUCAGUGCAAGCCCAGAAAAAUUUAAAAACGAUUGA